AUGCCCAGCCGGGAGCGCGGGCUCCUGCAGGGCGUUCCGGGGUGAAUGUCACCCCGUCCUCCCUAAGGGGCGGAGACUGCCAUGGAGGAGGCGGAGAGAGCCGACGGGAGCCCCGCCGCAACCCACCGCCCUGUGUCCCCCCGGGCGCCGGCGGGGCAAGGCUGCGCUGUCCAGGUGUCUGUCAUUGUGCCUGUUCACAAUAGUGAAUGCUGGUUAGAUGAGUGCCUGAAGUCAGUUCAGGAACAAGAUUUUAAAGAAACCAUGGAGCUGUCAGUUUUUAAUGAUGCCAGUAAGGAUGGUUCAGCUGAAAUAAUUGAGAAAUGGAAGAUCAAGUUGGAAGAUGCUGGUAUUCCAGUAAUCAUUGGUAGUAAUGAUUCCUCUGAACCUCGAGGCGUUGGAUAUGCUAAAAAUCAAGCAGUCAUUCAGAGCUCAGGAACCUAUCUCUGCUUUCUGGAUUCAGAUGAUGUGAUGAUGCCACAGCGGAUUAGGCUGCAGCAUGAAGCUGCCAUUCAACGCCCAAACAGUAUUAUUGGUUGCCAAGUCAGAAGGGAGCCACUGGAGUCUACUGAGCGUUAUACUCGUUGGAUCAAUAAUCUGACUGAGGAACAACUUCUGACACAGGUGUUUACCUCCCAUGGACCUACAGUGAUCAUGCCAACCUGGUUCUGUUCUCGAGAAUGGUUUUUUCAUGUGGGAAAAUUUGAUGAGGGAGGAAAGGGUGUUCCAGAAGAUUUGUUGUUUUUUUAUAAACAUCUCCAAAAGGGUGGUGAAGUCUUUCGAGUAAACCAUUGCCUCCUGCUGUACCGUUACCAUCCCCAGGCUGCAACUCAUUCCAUCCUCGAGGAAACGAUCUGGAAUCACCGAGUCAGGUUUCUUGAAGACAGAGUCUUGAGCUCCUGGACAUCAUUCACUAUUUGGAAUGCUGGCAAGCAAGGCAAGAAGCUCUACAGAAGUUUGUCUCCAGCGAAUCAGAAAAAGGUAACUGCGUUUUGUGAUGUUGAUGAGAAGAAAAUAGCAAAAGGAUUUUACACUUACGAAGAAUCUGAGGAGAGACCAAAACCAAAGAUUCCUGUAUGUCACUUCAGAGAUGCAACUCCACCCUUCAUCAUCUGCGUGAAGCUGGAUUUGACAGGUGGAGCAUUUGAAACAAACCUGAGCAUGCUGAACUUGAAGGAAGGGAUGGAUUAUUACCACUUCAACUAAAGCCAAGGAGCCCUGGGCAGCGUGUGCCGAGGAUCCAGUUUGUCAGGACACCGCAGCGCAGCCUCUGCCAGUGCCACUGGCACCUGAACCAUGAGUUUCAGCUUGCAACCAGCAGCCAGAGCCUGCACCCUCCUUAUGCUGAGCUCUACAAGAAGGGAGAACAAGAGGUCAGGGAGCUUUAUACUAUUGCAAUUCAGUGAAGUAAGUGGAGAAGUGGUAGUGUUUACAGUCCUCUUUAACAACUUAAUUUUUAACUACAAUGUAGCACAUUUUAUUUGUCCAAGUUUUAAAGGAAUGCUAAGUGUUCAUUUUGUAUGAAAUUAACUUAAUUCACCUUUUCAUACUGUUGUGCUUGGCUUCCUCUGUGUCUCCUCUGUUCUCAGGAUCUGUGAGCUCUUGAAGAGCAGCAAAGUGUUGUGCACUCAUGUGAGUACAAACUGGCUGCUAGUAGGGACACCUGGACAGCUGUGCAAAGUCCUUCACCUUCAGUGAGUAUCACUGAGUGAACUCCAACAGUUCUCAGAGCAGGUGCAGGCUUAACUUUGUGCUAGAAGUUAUACUAUUUCCUUAUGUGAAAGGGGGAGGAAAAGGUGAAGGUCCAAAUUCAGCACAUAACUUCCAUAUGUCACAUGGCACUAUUUGUAGCUAUUCCAUCUGAGAUACCUCUAUGGAUAUUUGGCUUUGUAAAUUGCCAAGCGAACACAUGUUCUCUGCAGCAGGAACAAUUCAGCCCCCUCGGUUU